GGUUUUCAUCAACAUCUCACACCAGGGACUCUGUAGAAAAAAGGAGAAAACACAAACCCAUAUACGGAUUGAUAAAAUACUUUGAAGUAAGGGUUUUCACAUUAUGCCAGGCCUUGGACCGGUGUUUUUAGAGGCUUGCAUGUGCGGUAUUGCAUCUUCAUCUUCUCCUCAGCCUGAGGAUUGCGGCAUUAGGGAGAGCUUUGCGUAUCAGAAGCUGCCUCAGCAACUUCUCAGGCUGUCUGUCCUCAAACUGGAUGGCUCUUGUUUCGAGAUCCAAGUUCCCAAGGGUGCCUCCAUAGCAGAACUGAAAGAGGCAGUGGUGAAGGCCUUUGGACAGACUCAAGAGGAGGGACAAACUAAGAUAUCAUGGUCGCUUGUGUGGCUUCAUUUUUGCUUGUGCUAUAAAAGAUGGAAGCUCUUUGAUGACAAGAUGUAUAUUCGAGAUUUUCGGAUCAAGGACGGGGAUCAGCUCCAAUUUGUCCGCCACUUGUCAGUUAACUACAACCUGGAUUUGGAAGAUUAAGGAUCAGUGCUGGUUGUGAACAGUUCAUAGUGCAAGAUUUUCUGAGUGGCUUGCUCUUCAUGGUUUUCUAUUCUCAUUGUACAAAGGUUACACGACUGUUCGAAGGAUGGUAGGUAUUAUGAUUUAGGAUGACCUUGCUGAUUAGCUUAAUAAUUCCUUUUGGAAAUUGGGAUAGAUCCUUUGGGAUCUGAUUCAAUCUAUAUAUACCAUGAAAAAUCAUCAUCUUAUAUCAGCUUUGGGUUGAAACUGUGAACAAUGCCCAUGAAAGAGAAAAUGCAGAAAGACGAAGAUGAUGCUUGUCAGGAGAAACAUAGGGAGUGUUAGAAAAGGUGGAUAGGAGAGACCUUGAUUUCAUUCAACAGCUGAGAGUUCAAAUUAUCACACUAUUAGAAAAGGUGGCUAUCAUUCUUCAAAUUGUUGGGCAUGGCGAUAACAAGUUGAGACAAGGAAAGAAUUGCUUGUUGAGAUUUGCAGGGUAUUGUUUAAGAGUUUACCUGAGGAUGGUUCAUCUUUCAGAUAAACCCAGCAAAUGAAGAUUGGAUAUAUGACUGCUUAUGGUGAUUCUACAUUUCCUUUUCUAUUUUUAUUUUUUAUAAUUAUUAGACCAGAAUAACUAUUUCAAGAUCUAUUUUGUUCCAAGUUUCUAAACUUGAUUGGACAGUUGUCUUCCCAUUUUGAUUAUGAGUGAAGUAUAGCAAAUGUGAAUGUAUUUUACUGUUUCUAA